AUGGCUAAAUUGUCAAAUAAGCACAAGGACCAUCUAAUGGUAAGCGUGACCAAGAAUCCAACAAUGCAGACCUCAACCCUCGUAGUUCUUGCUUGCCUUCUCGCCGUGGUGGUUGCUCAGGCCCAACAGGAACCGCAGCCAGUUGCUGAUAUCGUUCAAGAAUCGAGCUUCGACACUCCUGUCCACGAUAGUAGUCCAAGGACCAAGAGAGGAUUGUUACUAUUGAAAAAGAAGUUGAUCCUUGGUGCCCUGGGCUUAAAAGUGGCGAAGGUUGGAGCAGCAGCUGGAGUAGUUGGCGCGCUGGCUUACAAGGCGAAGUCAAAGCCCAAUUGGUGA